AUGGCAGACCUGCUGAGAGGCAUCCCCGAGAUGGAAAACAGGUCGGAGGCGCCUACUGCCACUGGUGUGGCGCAGUUGAAUGUGGCAGGAAAUCCAAAUGCAGGCCCACCGUCCUCAGGUCUUGAGUUGCAGGUUCGGCGGCCCCUUGAAAGCCUCCCUCUCAAUGCCUCAGACCGGCUUCAACUUGAAGACUUAAAGAAGAAGUUGGCAAAAUCAGAGGAGAUGAAUUUCAAACUACUUCAACACGCCAAGACCUUUAACACAUUUGUGGGUCACAAGCUGCUUGAGAAUCCCGCACAGAACUUCACCAAAGCGGAAGUGACGAGGGCCAUUGGCAAAGCCAUUGGUCAUAUCAUGACAUGCCGGGAGGAGUACCACAGCUUGUUCCCAAGCAUUGACAUAAUCAAGGACGUCGUCGUCAACAACGUCUUUGACCAUAUUCCUCCCGACAGCCCCCUACAAGAAGAGCUUGUCAAGUACAUCAACACCCCAGCAAUCACGAGCAAGAUCAAGCAACUCGUUUGGAACCGGAGGUUCAAGGUAGGGGAUGCAGCGGUGUCCUGCUUUCUCCUCAAUGGAGCUGUGGGGGACUCGUCAAGUCCUGCAUACGAGGCCAACUUGGCAAGACUGGCCACAGGCAAUGCAUGGCGUGAGAAGGGCACUGACCCCCUGGCCGCCCCGGAGCUUCUAUCCGCCCUGCACGGAUGUGUUUACGGGGUUGCGGCAGGGAAGACAAGGACUUCCAAGCCAGCUGUCACGUUUGAUCAGCUGUGCUACACUCUGCGUCGGCUGGAGGCCCUUGUCCUGAAGAAACCCAUCAAGACCGGCCGGGUCAAUGACGACUCUCAGCUACAGCAAGAACUGCGUGACAUUGCGGAGGCUGUCGAGUCGUGGCUGGAGGAGGACCGCGUACAUGCUAUUGACAUCGUCCACAUAGGCGAAGAUGAGGAGGAUGUGGCACCACGUGAUGAUAGCGCGGCUGAUAUGAACGAGGAGGAGGCGCACCCUGGCACCCCCUGGGGCACUGCCUGGGGCGAUGAAGAUCACGAGCCCAGCGAGCCGCGCGUUGAGCAACUCUAG